UAUAGAAGUCUUUGAGGAGACGCACCCGCGGUUCAGCAUGUUUCAUCUCUCGCUCUCCACACUCUCGGCUCGCCAAGGCUCAGUCCAGCUCUGAUCAUGGCGGCGGCAGCGGCGCCGGCCGUAGGCCUCGAGAGUCCGGCGGUCAUCGGCGGACCCGCCUGUCCCGCGGAGGCGCGCUUCCAGUUCGGGAGCAUCGACGACUACGAGAUGGUCGAGGAGAUCGGGGAGGGCACCUUCGGCGUCGUGGCCAAGGCGCGGGACCGCCGCACGGGCGAGACGGUGGCCGUCAAGUGGAUCCACGGCGGCGAGGGCGACGGCGAGGACGGCGCGGCGCGCCUCCGCGCGGCCGUCCUCCGCGAGGCCGGCUGCCUCGACGCGUGCCGCGCCCACCCCUCCAUCGUGGAGCUCAGGGGCGUCGCCGCCGACGAGGCGACGGGGGACCUGUUCCUCGUCAUGGAGUUCGUCGGGCCCAGCCUCCAGCGCCGGCUCACCGGGCCCUUCUCCGAGGCCGAGGCGCGCGCGUGCAUGAGGCAGCUCCUCGGCGCCGUGGAGCGGAUGCACGGCGCUGGGACCAUCCACCGGGACAUCAAGCCCGACAACAUCCUCGUCGGCGCCGGCGGCGCCCUGAAGCUCUGCGACUUCGGGUGCGCGUCGCCGGCGAGGCCCCUCGGCAAGGCCUACCCGGAGCGGCGCACGGGCACGACGCAGUACAACGCGCCGGAGCAGCUGAUGGGCAUCCGCUGCUACGGUCCGGCCGUGGACAUGUGGGCGCUGGGGUGCGUCAUGGCCGAGCUCCUCAUCGGCAUGCCCCUGUUCAUGGGGUGCGCGGCGGAGGACAUCCUCGUGCAGCUGCCGAUGGGGCCGGAAGCCUUCGACGGCAUGCUGUCGCUGGCCGGGCGCGAGGUCCUCGCCGGCCUGCUGAGCUACAACCCCUGCGAGAGGCUUACCGCGGCAGACGCGCUCAAACACAGGUGGUUCGCCGAGGAGGACGCGGCGAAGCCCCCUGCCGCAAAGCAGAGCACCCUGCCUCGUCGCCCUUGUCCUCAGCAGCACGGGAUUAGAGCAGCUCAUGGUGGUGGCUGUCUAGCUGAUUCACAGAUAGGAUAGCGUCAGGUUCCGGUCAAAUUUGUUUCCUGUAGUUGUAUUCUCAUUCUUCGG